AUGGCAAUCCUACUCAAAAACAUUUCUCAAAUAGUUAAUAUUACAAGAAACUCUAAGCAAACCUUUAUGGUGGAUGGUUACGACCUCUUUUGUGUCACAAGUGACCCUGAUUUCAAGGAGAAAUAUGCCAUACUUUUGGACAGUGAUGGAAACAUAUUAUCCUACGGUUCGGAAGACGUGGUUAUUUGCCCAAAUUACGAAUACAAUACCGUAAUUGAUUGCAAAGGCGGCGCAGUUUUGCCAGGUUUCACUGAUGCGCACACUUACCCGGUGUGGGGUGGUGAUCGUGAGGACGAUUUCUUUCAAAAGGUCGCUGGUGCUUCCUACAUGGAGUUGAGCGACAGUGUAAACUCUUUCCACUCGGACUACACCGUCGAGCGGACUGCCAAUGCAAGCGAAGACAGUCUCUAUGCAGCCACUCUUGAAAGAAUCAAAUCAAUGGCAAGCAAAGGAACAACCACUAUUGAGUGCAAAACCGACUACAGUUCGAAUUGGGCCACUGAGAAGAAAAUUCUCCGAGUCCUUACAAAGCUUAAACGAACGAUCCCAUUGGAUAUAUCCAUAACUUACUUCGCAGCUAGCAUACUGCCAAAGAACUUAACAUCUGACUCGAUCGUAGAAGACGUUGUCAACACAAGAUUGCCCGAUUUGCAACGCUCGAUUGAAAAUGGGGAAAUCAUCGUCGACAGUGUUGACGUAAAGUGUGCCGAAGGUUUCUUCACCGUUGAACAGUCCAGGCAAAUUCUUUGCAAAGCGCAGGCCAUGGGUUUGAGGCUAAACUUCCAUGCCGAGAGUAUCUCCAACGGUUCAUCCGCAGGGCUUGCAGCUUCGCUGAUGGCACGAGCGGUGAGUCACCUGGACGAGAUGUCGCCAGCAGGAGUGGCCGCUCUGACAAGUUCUCGCACCGCUGCGGUCCUUCUGCCCACCACGACAUUGCUGCUGCACCACCGGCCCCCACCCGCUAUCGCCAUCGCCCAGGCCGGCGUGCCUAUCGCCCUCGGUACCGACUUCCGUGCCAACCUCUUUUGUACCUCUAUGAGUCUUGACACGAUGCGUCACUACAACACAAGUCUUGGCAUGACACGCGUAAUCAGUCGGUUCCUACACACGAAAUGUGCAAGGGAUUCGAUUACAAAACUGCUAGACAUGCUCGCUGAUGCUGUGCAACGUCCCCUGUUCUUCAUCUCAAACCUCCAAGCUACCGUCAUUCACGCCAUUUGGUCCAUCCUCAGUACCUACAUCCCGCUUCGCUUCUUCCUUAUAGGUGGUGUUCUCCUCAUUCUGCACCCCAUCUUUCUCCCCCACCUCAAAUAUCACACAAGGUGGGGGCAAGCACUCAGUGGUGCGAAGGAAUUGCAAAUACUCACCUUGAAUGAAAUGAAACACAUGGAAUUCUCGAAUGCGAAUGAAGUACCAGGAGCACCACAAAGUGCACAAACAAAUGCAAGAAAAUCCCGCUCACCGAGUCUCAAAAUCAGAAAAUCGAGUUGGUAA